AUGAGGGGCGUCAUCACUGGGGGCAACGUCAAAGUUCUCGGCCGAGCUGUGCACUCCCUGUCCCGCAUUGGGGAUGAGCUCUAUCUGGAGCCCACUGACUGUGGGCUGUCCCUACGCUCCGUCAACUCCUCGCGCUCGGCCUUCGCCUCCUUCCUCUUCGCCCCUCUCUUCUUCCAGCUGUACGAGCUGGGUGAGCCCCAACCCUUCCGAUGCAAAGUUCUCAUGAAGUCCUUUCUGGGCGUCUUCCGCUCGCUGCCUUCCCUGGAGAAGUCGGUGGGGAAAUGUCUGAUCCUGCUCAAACCCAGCGCCAACCGCCUGGUCCUGCAGCUCCACUGCAAGUAUGGUGUCACCAAGACUCACAACCUGGUUUUCCAGGAGUGUGAGCGGCUCCAGGCUGUCUUUGACACCCAGCACUGUGCCAGCAGCCUCUGUGCCCCAGCACGGGUGCUGGCAGAGGCCGUGGUCCACUUCCCCCAGACACUGGCUGAGGUGACACUGGGGGUUGGCCCUGGGGGCAAGAUCAGCCUCCAAAACUAUGUGGAAGAUGAGAUGGAGCUGAAGAAGACAAUGGUGACAGAACUGUGGCUGUCAGAGGAUGAAUUCCAGAGGGUGGCAGUGACCCCAGGCUCCUCCAUCACCUUCUGCCUCAAGGAGUUUCGGGGGCUGCUGACCUUUGCUGAGGCCUCCAACCUGCCCCUCACCAUCCACUACGAUGUGCCAGGCAGGCCGGUGAUCUUCACCCUGGAAGAUUCUGUCCUGGAGGUCCACCUGGUGCUGGCCACCCUCUUGGACCCUAAAAGUGACUUGCAGCCCGCCAUGGCUAAUGGCAGUGUCUCCCAUUUGCCCCUCCCCUCUGAUGACCCCCCUGAUGACCUCGAGUCCUACAUGGUUGCCAUGGAAACUGAGGAGGAGCCUGAGGUGCCCCCCAGCCCCACCUUCCCCCUACACACCCCAUGUCCAGUCCAAAGCGACCCCGAGGAGGAAGAAGAGGAGGAGGAAGGAGCUGUGCCAGGCACCCCCCCUCACAAAAAGUUUCGGUCGUUGUUUUUUGGCUCGGUGCUGACGCCAGGGGAGCCCAGCCUGGCCCCCACCCAGGAGGUGCUGGCAGAGGACAGUGACAACGACUCCUAA